GAUUGGUCGCCGGUAGGCAGCGCGUGGCAGCGGUGGAGUGGAGUGCAGUGCACGAGCCGGUGUGUAUGUGGGUGUGUGCGCUAAUAACGCGAAGUCAUUUUAUUUUACCAGCACACACACACACACACACACACACACAUUACAGAGCGGUGUGAUUUGUUGUGCCGGAACUGAUCGCUGCUGCUUCCUGUUUCCUGUCUUCCUGAGUAACAGGUAGGCCAUGCAGAGUGUGUGUGCUGUGCUGCUGAUUGCAGCGUUUGGUGCUGUGUGUUCCACAAACUCCAACACACACACCCCACGCCAUGGACACGACACCAGCCUGGAGAUCUAUAAGCGUCUGUUUGAGGUGAAGAGGAAGGAUCAGCUGAACGCACUGAAGAAUCUGGUGGAUCUAAACGAUGUUAAUCAGCAGUACAAAAUCAUUGACAUCAUGCUGAAGGGCCUCUUCAAGGUACGAGGACUCAGAACUGUACUGGUAGCUGCUAAUCUGCAGCCUGAUGAUCCUUUUCCACAGGAUGAUAAGAUGAAAGAGGCGUACUCACAUGUGUUGGAGAACACAGCGUUUUUUGGGGACGUGGCUCUGCGAUUCCCGCGGAUUGUCCAUCAUUACUACGACCAUAACUCUGAGUGGGGGAAGACGCUGCGCUGGGGGCUGAGCUUCUGUAACCAGUCUGGAGUCUUCACUGAAGGGAAUCACCAACAAGUUCUCACUCUGAUGUCUCAGGAGCUGGGAAUCACAGAGAAAUCUCCAGACUUCAUUAACCCUUACCGUACUGAGAAAGAUGAUGUGCUCCACACUGCUGAUGCCUUCCAGAAGAUACUCCGUGAAGAGCAGAAGCGAAGGAGGAAGGAGGAGAAGAGGAAAGAGAUCAGGAAAGGGCCGAGAAUUUCCCGCUCUCGCUCUGAACUCUAACGCCCCCUGCUGGACCUCCACCCAGACACACAGUUAGAGAGUGAUAGAGAUCUGUGGUCAAAACUACAUCAGGUGUUGGUGAAGGAGAGGAGCAAACAGGCAAACACACACUCACACAGAGAGAGAGAGAGACAGAGAGAGAGAGAGAGAGGGACAGAGUCAACUACAUUUACAGUAUGAGUGACGAUUUAUCAAAGUUUUAUACAGUUUCACUUCAACAGUGAUGGAGAAUAAAUCUCAAAUAAAUCUUAUGAAUAAUGAA